UGAUAUGAAAAUAGGAAGUUAAAAGAUCGAAUAAAAAAACACAAGUUCCGAUGCAUAGGACUCUCAACGAACAUAACGUACUAUGCUUAAUUUAAAUUAGUUUUUCUGUUGUCAUUUUUAAUGCAACUUGGAUCGUUAACUGCUUCGAGAUAUGCAGUUGUACGGGAAAUACUACACAUACUGCACUGCAGACACAUACUGUUGUCAUGACAACACGGAAUCCUGCAAUAGAUUGUCUGUUGCUCAAAUCAUCGGAAUCGUGUGCGGGGUAGUUGCCUUCAUUGUCAAAGGUGUGCUCUGCGUGUGUUGCUGCAUAAGCAAAUAUAGGGCCAGGGCUGAGAUGAUGAGACAGCCAAAACAAGCUAAUGUAAUAUACAUAACGACUACGGGGCAGACGCCGACGGGAUAUUCCACUCCGCCGAGCUACAGUCACACGCAAUACGGCUGGCAGUCGCCAUACCCGGCGUACAAUCAUGGCCAGGCAACGACUGCUAAGUGCUAACCCCACUUCACUGGAUAAGACAUCGGAACAAAAGUAUUGACAGGAUCGGGAUAAACAUUUAUGUUUGUAUAAUGAAGAAUAUUGCCGAUAUAAUCACUUGCUGAAGCUUUGCAUUUACCAACGUAGGCACAUAUACAUAUGAUUUAUAAGAAAGGAACCUUUGAUCCGACAAUGCAUCGUCUAUGAAAUGUUUUUCUUACUUGCACAUACUUGAUUAAACUUUGCUGCUCAUUGUGAGUGUUUUAAAUAGAACUUCACUCGUUGCGACUUAUAAAGGAUUUGCGAUACUUUGAUUGUAUGAAUUUUUGUUCUAAAUGCAUUCAAUUUCUAUUCAUCGUUAUAUUACAUUUUGAUUUCGCUUCAUACAAGAUCAGGUAUAUACAAUUUAUUAUGCAACAUACUGCUGAUUACAAUAGAUAAUUUAAUAUAAACGUGUAUAAAUACAUGUAAAUUGUUAAUGAAAGUAUAGAACUUUUUUUAUAAUAAAUUAUUCUUUUUUUGUAUUUUAUUUCAUAUGCUUUUCAUUUCGUCUGCGAUAUGCUGUUAAGUUCAUUAUUUGAUUUAUAUUCACAGAUGUGCCAUUGUGAAAUUAUACUUUACUUUUUGACAUGCCUUGUCCAUUUGCGUGAUUAGGAAUAAUUUCAAACUCGUUUUAUCAAUGCAGAUUGUCUACAUGUUUGUAUCGAAUAUAUAUAAUAUAAGUUGCAUGACACACAUACGAUAACCAUACGCAUGCCUAUCCAUAUAGUACAUUUACACUCAACUUCGAUUGUCUUAGGAUUGAAGAUCGGAAAUGUAUAAAAUGUAUUCGUAUCUAAUAUGUGUUAAAGUUGCAUAACACAAGUACCAUAACCAGACGUUUUUCAAGCCAUAUAAAAACCUUUACACACCACUUAAAUUUUACAAAGAUUCACGAUCGAGAAGUAUUAACCAUUUUGGUAUCGCUCAUACAUUUAUCACACGUAUAUCGAGCAAUAUAUCAUCAUCAUCAUUGUCGUCAUCAUUACCGCCAUCAACAUCAUCACCAACGUUGUCGUCGUCGUUAUUAAACAUUUCUGCAUUAGCUAUAACUUUAAACGUGAAAGGAAGCAAGAUCUAGUAUUACCAAGUUGCACUUUAACAAAAUUACAAGCCCCACUCACACACCCAUUGACGGCUCUAUUUUUAACAGACCUCGACCUUGAACUCGGGUUCAAUACUAUAAGAGCAAAUGUUUUUACAAAGUUUCAUGAAGAUUGUUUUUUUUGCAAAAUGUAACUUUCAAAGUAUAAGUUAGCUUGUUUUAAUAUAUUACCCAGUGACCUAGCUUUUGACCUUAUGUGCUCAGUUUUGAACGCGGAAGAUACGUCAUCGAUAUAAUUUUCUGACCACGUUUCAAGAAGAUUGGACGAUAAAACUAGAGUGUUAACGUUGAACAUGUUGACAAUGGACGAUUGAAAUAUGCGAUUCACACAAGCUUCCGAUAUGCAUGUUGUGCUUAGGUGAGCUAAAAUGACUUUAAUACCUUAACUUUAAUUAUUGUACUAGUUUAAGGCCAGCAUUUUUUUAUUUGUUUCACGGGAAAUUUUUCAAACAAAUUGAG